UCAGCUCCUGAAAAAGUUGCAGUGUCUCCAGGACCUGAGGAGAAUUCUGAAAGCUUAGUGAAAUAUUUCAGCGUUGUUUGGUGUAAGGCUUCCAAGAAAAAGCACAAGAAGUGGGAAGGUGAUGCAGUUCUUAUUAUAAAAGGAAAGUCAUUUACAUUAAAGGAUUUGGAAGGUAGAGACAUUGGAAAAGGCAUUGGAUAUAAAUUCAAAGAGCUUGAAAAGAUUGAAGAGGGCCAAACAAUGAUGCUUGGUGGAAAAGAAAUAGAAGUCAUGGGUAUAAUCUCACCAGAUGAUUUCAGCAGUGGCAAAUGUUUUCAACUUGGAGGAGGAGGAAGUUCUGUUAUCCCAAAUUCUUCUCAAGUCGUUAAGAAGCCUUUCUCCAAUCCUUUCAAGCAGGUCUGUAAACCUCAUUCAAAGGAAAACGAGCAAAAUGAUCUCCAGAAUUGUAAGCCACGCCAUGAUCCGGAUGCACCAAAUUCCCUUGUUAUGCACAGGCCAGACAAAAAUCACCAAUGGAUGUUCAAUAAGAACUGUUCCCCUAUUGUGGAUGUAGUAAUAGACCCUUACCUUGUACAUCAUCUGAGGCCACAUCAGAAAGAAGGAAUCAAGUUUCUUUACGAAUGUGUGAUGGGAAUGAGAGUGAAUGGCAGAUGUGGAGCUAUUCUUGCUGAUGAAAUGGGUUUAGGGAAAACACUGCAGUGCAUCUCACUCAUCUGGACUCUGCAAUGCCAGGGACCCUAUGGAGGGAAGCCAGUCAUAAAGAAAACAAUUAUUGUCACACCUGGAAGUUUGGUGAUGAACUGGAAGAAAGAAUUUCAGAAAUGGCUAGGAAGUGAAAGGAUCAAGAUAUUUACUGUGAAUCAGGACCACAAAGUUGAAGAUUUCAUCAUAUCUCCAUUUUAUUCUGUUCUUAUCAUCAGUUAUGAAAUGUUACUUCGUUCCCUGGACCAGAUUAGGAAUAUAAAUUUUGAUCUUCUAAUCUGUGACGAAGGACACCGUUUGAAGAACAGUGCCAUUAAGACAACUACUGCUCUGCUUAACCUUUCUUGUCAUAAAAGAAUAAUUCUAACAGGUACUCCAGUUCAGAAUGAUCUCCAGGAAUUUUUUACACUAAUUGAUUUUGUAAAUCCAGGAAUAUUAGGCUCUUUGUCAUCUUAUAGAAAAAUAUAUGAGGAACCCAUUGUUACAUCCAGACAACCUUCUGCUUCUGAGGAAGAAAAGAAGUUGGGAGAAAAAAGAGCAAUUGAACUUACUCGAAUUACCAGACUCUUUAUCCUUAGAAGAACCCAGGAAGUCAUAAAUAAAUAUCUCCCACCUAAAAUAGAAAAUGUCAUCUUUUGCCGACCAAGCACACUACAGAUCGAGCUCUACCAGAAACUGUUGAGUUCCCAGACUGUCCAAUUCUGUCUUCAAGGGCUGAUGGAAAAUAGUUCUCAUCUGAUAUGUAUAAGUGCUCUUAAAAAACUGUGCAAUCACCCCUGUCUUUUGUUCAACUUUAUAAAGGACAAAGAAGGCAGCCUCACAGGGAAUGACAGUGAAGAAAGGGGUCUGUAUGAAGGCUUGAAGACUGUGUUCCCGUCCAGUUACGAUCCUCACGGGCUCAGCGAGAAGGAGUCGGGGAAGUUGCAGGUGCUUACAAGGCUCCUACAAGUGAUCCACACACUUCGGCCCACUGAAAAAGUGGUAUUGGUAUCCAACUACACUCAAACAUUGAAUAUUUUACAAGAAGUCUGCAAACGGCAUGAAUAUGCUUUCACAAGACUUGAUGGGCAAACACCGGUCUCUCAAAGGCAGCAGAUUGUCGAUGGCUUCAAUAGUAAAUACUCUUCUGACUUUAUCUUUUUGCUGAGUUCAAAAGCUGGUGGUGUGGGACUUAACCUUACCGGAGGAUCUCACUUAAUUCUCUAUGAUAUUGACUGGAAUCCAGCCACUGAUAUUCAGGCAAUGUCUAGAGUCUGGAGAGAUGGUCAGAAACAUCCUGUGUAUAUUUACAGACUCCUAACCACAGGUACAAUAGAAGAAAAGAUCUACCAAAGACAGAUCAGUAAGCAAGGUCUUUCUGGGACUGUUGUAGACCUAACCAAGACUUCCGACCAUAUUCAGUUUUCAGUAGAGGAUCUUAAAGAUUUGUUCACACUUCAUGAGACUUCACUUUGUGUGACUCAUGACCUCCUUGACUGUGAUUGUACAGAAGAAAAAGAUCAUACAGAUGAUUCUCUGGAAAAACCACCUCUCUCCAGAAAUUGUCCGCUUCGUCCACACUGCCAGACACCUAACUCCCUGAAACCUCUGUCCAUGUCUCAGCUGAAACAAUGGAGACAUUUUUCUGGAGAAGAUGUAAAUCUUACAGAUCCUUUUCUUGAAAAAAUACGAGAAAACGUGUCAUUCUUUUUUCAGAAUAUAACUAACCAAAAGACUUCUGUGUAAUUAAAGAUUAUUAAAUGAUA